AGUCUCUAGCAGCACAAGUGACUCAAACUCUUCCUCAAUUGUAGCAUUCAUCCUUGCUGUAUAUGAGCUUUGACUGCUGUUUGAAAUUAAUAAUGAGCAGCCAGUGAAUUCAUCUGUUACUGUAUCCUUUGCCAGUAAGUUGUGCUUCCAGUAAGUGCACUUGAACGGUCAAUCAGAAAUCUUGAACAAUGACUUCUAGAAAGAAAGUAUUGCUCAAAGUCAUCAUCCUUGGAGACUCAGGGGUGGGAAAGACAUCUCUUAUGAAUCAGUAUGUGAACAAGAAAUUCAGUAACCAGUACAAAGCUACAAUAGGAGCAGACUUUCUGACGAAGGAGGUGAUGGUGGAUGAUAGGCUAGUCACAAUGCAGAUAUGGGAUACAGCAGGGCAGGAACGGUUUCAGUCGCUGGGAGUAGCCUUCUACAGAGGAGCGGACUGCUGUGUGCUGGUGUUUGAUGUAACAGCUCCCAACACAUUUAAAACUCUGGACAGCUGGCGAGAUGAGUUCCUCAUUCAAGCCAGUCCACGGGAUCCUGAAAACUUUCCUUUUGUUGUGCUGGGAAACAAGAUUGACCUAGAAAACAGACAAGUUACUACAAAACGAGCACAGGCCUGGUGCUACAGCAAAAACAAUAUCCCUUACUUUGAAACCAGUGCCAAGGAGGCCAUUAAUGUGGAACAAGCUUUCCAGACAAUUGCACGAAAUGCACUUAAACAGGAAACUGAAGUGGAGCUUUACAAUGAAUUCCCUGAACCUAUCAAACUAGACAAGAAUGAUCGAGCAAAGGCUUCUGCGGAGAGCUGCAGCUGCUGAGGUGGGGCUGGAGGGGUUAGCACAGACCUUCACAAAUGAUAUCACACUUAGGCCUUCAAACAUACACGGCCCCUCUCCUGUGUAAAAAGAAAUACGAUCCCAUUUUCAGCGGCCAAAACCACCCAUGAACAACUUGUAAGCCCAUUCUUUCCUCUCCACGACUUCAUCAAUGUCCUUACAUCCCAUUAUUUCAUGGUAGCAGACCUUUCUCCUCUAGUUUAAAAAAAAAAAAAAACCUCUUAUAUGUUUGGAACUUAAGCUACUUCCAGGUGUCCAUUGGAAAGAAACUGUACAGAUAAUCUGUAACAAUUUUACCUUUGUCUUGUGUUUUCCCCUGUGAAGGCGGCAACUGGAAAGGCUAAUUAUUCAUAGCUCAUUGCAAGCUCAGCACCCAGUCCAACUAGGUUGAGUUUUGUAUGUAUCUGUUAAUGCUUGUUACUUUUAACUAAUCAGAUCUUUUUACAGUAUCCACGUAUUAUGUAAUGGCUUCUUUAGGAAAAAUCUUAUAGUACAUGUUAAUAUAUGCAACCAAUUAAAAUGUAUAAAUUAGUGUAAAAUUCUUGAAUUACAUGUUUAAGUACUGAAACACAGGUUGUUUAGGAAGCGAACAGGACACUUGUGGAAUGCAGUAUGCUAGCAACACAAGUCCAGAUAGAGGCAGUAUUCUGUACAGUAGAAGCAAGAAUUAUGUAAACAUUUGUAUUGAUUUUAAGAGCCAAAAAGCUUCAUCUCCUAGAAAAAUAUUGUUUGGCUUCUUUGUAGCGAAAAAUUUUCAAAGGAUGAUUUGCAUAACCUUGCACACUGGAUUAUUGGACUACAAAAAUUAAAUACUGCUUUCAGAAUGAUCACUUUGUUUGCCUUUUACCCCUUUUCAUGAUUAACUCUGAAAAUGUAAAGCGGAAUCUUAACAUGAGAUGUCUGGCUCCUGUAGAAGAAGCUCCAUCUGGGUUGUGAUUUGGUCAUCUUGAUGGCUAAACACCCCUUUCCCUCUUUCUGUCACUAGUCUGGAUUUCCUGCAGUGGAAACCUGACAAUUUUGUUCUGCUCUUCUUGCAUUUGUAGCUUUCUUAAAUGGAGCACUUCUACUGUUUUCCCCCCAGAGGUCUACAUUCUAGUACGUAGGCAGAACUCUUCUGUAAAGAAACAUGCCAAUAAACUUAACAAGAACAAACUAUCUUGCUCCCCAUUUGUAUUCUUUUACUUCCUUACUGAAGCUGGAGCUCCUGCACUAAUUUAAACAUUUUAUCCAGCACCCUCUUGGUAUGACCCCGGCCAGCCAAGGAAGAGGUGGAAUCCAGCAGAAGUGUUAAAAAGCAGGCUUAUCCAUGAAAGCCUCUUGAGAAAGCUGUUGAGCUUAGAUAACCUUACUUCUAUAAGGAAAACAUGCUAGUAAACCUAAAAAUGCUUAGAAAAAAUAUUUUUUCAGACACUGUUUUGGCAGCGAUACAUUUGUUGUGGCUUCUGUAGCUAGUCACCUUGAAUAGCUCCAAUUGCCUUCUAGAAAAUGAUUUCAGAGUAAUAGGAUGCACAUAACUCAGGCAAGCACUCAUACCUAGUCCCAUACCAGAAGAAUCUGGUACUUUGGUAAAACUGUAGAAUGGGGCACUAAAAAUAGAAAUUGGUCUGACCUGGCUGUAGGUUAUAGGGCUGUUCCAUAGCUGGUGGGAACAACUAGCCCAGAUACUAGCUUGUAUAAAUAGUCUUGAAGGCAAUAUAACUGCUUGCAUCUAGGGCACAGUUCUAUGCCUGUUUGGAUAGGAAAAGGUCAAGUUUAUCGUGUUGCCAGUCAGUGAAACAAUGUAUAUUCAUAGUUAGUAUUCUGUCUGGAAAGCAGAGACUCUUACAGAAAGGGAGCGGUAGACCCGCCUUACCACUCACUCAGUUGACUAAUUUUCCUUUUCCUUUCCCUGCUGGCCAUUCAGCACUAGUGUUUCCUCCUCCUGCCAGAAACAAUAAAUUAGAUGGCCUAGACCAGCAUAGGUUGUGGAAGGCCAUCUUUGCAUAAGUUUCCGAGCAAAGCUCACUGUCAGGUGAUGUUUCUGUUCUGGCAAGAUUGCAUUGUAUUUUGGUCCUGCUGGUCAUCUUUUGCAAGGAAUCCGAAGCAGCUUAUAAUAGCAGUGUUACCCUGAAACUGGAUUGCUCAGCAUGGUUCUGCCUGUGCAGUUAGACCUAUGGUGGGUGCUCAGUGCCUGAGAACUCUAUCAUACACCCACCGAGGCAGUGAUGGAGGGGUCACAGUGGCUGCAACACAGUUUUGCCCCAUGAAGCAUCUUUGUCUCUUUCUGGCCUACUGUUUGUGUUCUUUCCAGAAGUGAGAGGGAAAGAAUUCUUGGUGGUGUCACUGUUUUUAGUAUCCCCAAAAUAAACCCCUUCCAGAUGGGACUAAAUUCUUACUGGAACAACACUGAUUAUUCAAAAAUGCAUUCAAUGCAAGACUUCUAGUGAAGAGAAAGCUGACAAAUAUAAGCUACCAAAGAUGCAGUAAAAAUGUAAUUAGUGGGAGGUGAGUUUUGCUUUAAGACUAUUAACAACGGCACACCCAGUGAAUGAAUUUGGUUUCCAUGAUAGUGCCAUAAGUUUGCUCAAUUCAGUGGUAUAAAACUAUUGACAAGCAGUUUUUAUCUUAAGAGAAAUUGCCCUGAGAGUCCUCUUGGCUGUACAGUGCUGUAACAGUGCCAUUCUGGCAUAAAGAUGCUGCUAAUGCAAGUCCUUUGCCUGGAAGAGUAGUUUUCUUUGGAAUAGCACCCAUUUUCAGGCCAUGUUUCUGAACAUGGUGAGUGGCCUUCCCAGUGUGUUCAUUCUGUCCGCUUUGUGCAUUUUGCCAAAACAGCAUAUUGGGAGGACUUCUUUGGAAAAUGUGAUGUUUGCUUUUGGGUGACUUUAAUUGUCAUCAUUUUCAUGGAGCAGCUGAUAAUGAAGGAUUUUAUUAAGUGGUUCCAGCAAUGAGAGGACCUAUUCUCAUUCUCAUGCUUUCAAAGCAAAGUGACCAUUCCAUACCUUCUCCUUCCCUGUUGCCUCAUCACUUUGGUAUUCUUGAUCACUAGUCAAACUCCUGGGCAGGAAAGUUAGCUGCCUUAGUGAAAGUUUGUCAAAAGUAUUAAAUCCUAGUGAUUCUCCCACAGGGCCAUUGGUAUUAUAUGAAAGUGUACUUUGUAAUUAUUAGAUACUAUUCCAUUCAUUAGAAGUUCAUCUAAGUGUCAUAGGCAGCAGUGCAAAAUAUAUCUAAUAUAAGUGAAGUUUUCUUCUCCUAGAGUGAAUUCUACCACUGUUCAUGAUGGACUGCUAGUAAUGAUGCAUAUUUGAUGUUCCUUGCAAACCUUUAAGAAGGCAAGGGCAAUAGCUCCCCAAAUAGUUGCUAAAGGCAAAAGACUCUGGCCUGUUUCACAGCCAAUACUGCUAGCCUCAGUGUGUUCAGAAUAGUACUUAUAAAAAUCUAUGUACUAAAUGCUUGUAUCAGCAGGGCUUGGAAGUUAUGAGCUUGCAAGCUGUUGUAAAUAGCCUGGAAGAGACAUUUUUAUACAGCUGAACUUUCGGCCUGUAGGGUGGAAGCUUCCUCAGUUGCCUUUCGCUCUUUCUGGAUAGAUGGCUGGUACCUAUCUUAUGUUUGACACUGCUUUUUGAUAAUACAGCUGUGGAGCUAGGUGCUAUAUUACAGAAAUUGUGGUAGCUGCCCCAAUAACAAGAACUUGUGGGUAUAUGUUUUUUCCAGGGAUGUGAUGCUGUCAUAACUGAGCUUGCAAAAUAUAAUAUCUCAGGAAUCUGGAAUACCAGCCUACUGCUUUGGCGUAAGUCUGCAGACCUUUGAAACACUUACCUGUUUGGUUGGUUGCCUUGAACAUAGCAACCUGCUGGCCAAUACCCAGGAUGGCUUCCACAAGUGAUAGUCUGCUCCUGGACAGUUAAUUUGAUGGAAAACUGGUUCAUGAAGUUUUUCUGGGAGAAAAAUAUCUGUUAUCUGUAUUGUGAAAAUACUUAAAACCCACCUUGAAAAUAUGAAAUUGUCAGACCAUUAAAAGCUAUGGUUUAAAGGACAACGCACACAUCUUCAUACAUUUAUACUUAUUCCAUAUUCUUGAGCUGCAGGAACGUGCCCUUCAGGAUAGUUGUUGGAACACUACCAAUAUAAUGUUCUACUGUGUGAAGGCAUAGGCAUUAGAUGAGUAAAAACUAACCAUGGGCAAUACUGAAUAGCCACUUUUCUUAACUAAGCCUGCCAGUAUUCAUCUUGGUUGAAGGUGUUACUCUCAUCCUACUAAAUGAGGCAGAAAUCACAAGAACAAAGAUUGAACUUGUGGGAAUGGAGCUUAAUAACACUUAUUUCUACCAAAUGCAAGGCAGUAUGCACAAAAGUAUUAAAAGUUUUGUAGGAACUUCUUCCAAGUUAGGGAAAAAUCUAUGGUGUUGAUCUCCUCCAAAUGCCAUCAUGAGCAUUUGGCAUGUAAUUCCACAGUGCCAUCUGCCAGAGGAAAAUAGCUUCUUAUCAGGGGCUCAGAUUGUGCUUUGGAGCAGACUACAUAACUAUUUUGUGGAAGUAGUUGGACCACCAUUGCCAUAUCUUGCAUUAAACUGUGAUCCCUACUUAACACCCCACUGUGGUAUGCUGUGUUUGCGUUCCAGUGCAGCUUGGAAGUUAUUUUGUAACCUUUGCUUUUCAUUCCAGUUCUUGUAAAAGAGAUUUAGUUCUGUCAUUGCCACCCUCUCCCAGUAGGACAAGGAAGCUACUUGGGAGCUUCCACAGACUACAGCAACCCCUGAAUGAUGCUAACAGUUGCAUUAAGAAACUCUUCAAUCCACAGUUUUUAAGCCAUUACACAUUUUGCUGAUGACUUCAGGAUAACAGCCGUUAUUCCUAGGCAGCAAAUUGUACCCAUCAAGCUCCAACAAAAUAACUUGCUUACUGCAGAUUUUCUUUUUCAGUCUCAGUGCCCUUGAAUUUCAUUCAGUAUUAAGUUUGGAAAAUUCUGCAGUUCGCUCCUAGCUUCAGUGCAUAUCUUCUGGUUUGGGGGAUCUGUAGAAAUUGCAGCCUACUUUGGCACCCAGCAACUCUCGUUCGUGAUGUUACAUAGCUUAAGUGUAUACUUUGAAGUACAGGGCAAGAGUUCUGGGCAGGCCAGAACAACAGUUCUUUGAACAUAAACCACUAGUCAAGCUCAAAGUCAAAUUCCCAGCUCAACUCUCCUUUGCAGCCUUUUGAAUAGGGAGGCAUGCGUGCUUUGCAAGAUUCUCUCGUCUUCUUGAGUGUCUGUGGUUUUCUACUGGUCACUGAACUUCCUUUGCCGCCGCCUCUAUAUUAUGUGAGCCAAGCUUGUUUCUGGAUGAAAGCAUUAAUUUACGCACAUUAUAUUCUUCAAAAAUAUUGGCUGGCUUGCUCAUGUAAUGAUCUUGGGAACUCUUGGAACCUAACUGCUGAUCAGUGAAAACAUUAAAAUAACUGCAUGGAAAGAGACCACUGCUUGCAAUGUAACUGAGUGUAUGGCAUUACAUGGCCCGAGGCACUACAUAACUAGUUUCCCACCAGUUCUCUGUAGAUUAUCUCAUCAGGUAAUAGGUCCUUUACUCUCGUGUUGAGUUACCUUCUGGUGAGUUGAGUUAGGCAAACGCUGUGGUUGGCUGGCCGUUGGUUCUCCAGGGUUUCAGGCUGUAGCCUUUGCCAGCCCUGUUUCCGGAAAUCCUUUCCUAGGGAUGAAGCCUCAUUCUGUCUGUGUGCUAAACAUAUUUGCAGCCUUUCAGCCACGCUCCCUUUUCUGUUUGGGAAGAAUGGAUGACAAUCAAUAUAUACUUGAUCAGAUUCCCUCUGCUUGGCACUUCAUAACAGAGAAUAUUAAAACUGGAAUGAAUUGUCUUCUAUGUAUCAAGACAGUUUGUUCAUCAGUGGUCUGAGGGCAAAGUUUCAGAUUGCAGAAUUCAGUCUUUUUCUAUUGGUGUUAUCUUCAUGUAGAUAUUUGAUACCUUUUUUUUAAAAAAAGGCAUGGUGUACACCAUUAUUGUACACAAUAAUAAAAGUGAAAAAUAUAACUGGAGGAGGGCUGUUGUUGGUGCCAUUUUUCUGUUUCAAUUCCUUGACGUUCCUGUUGUGUGGUUUUAAUCAAGAUGUCUCCUAAAGAGAUGUAGCUAUUUCAUAUGACUCCCUUGUUACAAUCAUUGGCUCUGUUCUUCAGCUGUAUUUAAGUGAAGAUCAGCUUGGAAAGAAAAAUAACAUGGACACAGAGGUAUCUUAUACCUUACAGAGGAUGUUGAGCCAUUUGGUUUUCCUUAUCACCACACAUUCCUUUCCAACAACAGCUUACAAACAUGACCAGAACCAGUCUGGAACAGAGUAUAGCCCAAUUUAAUCUAGAUUUCUGUUCCCACGUGACCAAGCAGCAGGCCAAAGGAAGCCCACAAGCAGGGCAUGGGUGCAGUGACACCCUCCCAAUCUUGUCUCCCAGCAACUGGUAGGGAGAGGCGCACUGUCUGAGAUGUUCUGUGCCUUCGAGUCAUCUCCAACUUAGGGUGGCCCUGUGAAUGAGUGAAAGCCCUCCAGAAGGGCCUGUCACUGGCAGCCCUGCUCAGCUCUUGUAAACUCAAGGCUGGCUUUCUUUACGGAAUUGACCCACCUCAGAGGUGAUCUUCCUUCUCCUCAUUUAUUUUCACCUUUAUGAAAUAUGAUCCUUUUCUCCAGUGAGCCUUGUACUUUGGGCACAUCAUGGGAAGUUUUGUCAGCUUCAGUUUUGUCAUUUUUGCUUCCAGGAAAAGUUCUGGCUUGAUUUAAUCUAGGAGUCACUUGUUUGUCUUUCUGUUGGUCUGGGUAUUUGCAAGGCUCUUUUCCAGCACUCAGAAACUGGAGGUAAUAUACAGUAAUCAGAACUAGUAGCCACUAAUAGCCUUAUUCUCCAUGUUCUUUUGCCUAUUCUUGUCCUCAUGCAAGUCUUUCUUACAACUUGUUGUCUUCCCUUUUAAUAGCUCCAGAUUCCUUGUAUAUUGCAUGGCAUUGGUGCCACCAGAGAGGGGGCAUUGUCCAAAUCCCCAGGAACAUCAGUUUUAUGUUGGGGCAGAAGAUGUACACAUGCUUGGCACUAAUAGCAGCUAUCCCUGAGGCUCAUAAAUUAUAUUUGUAUAUAUCCAUAUUCCUGUUUUCUUUUGCUGAGAAUUCACAAUAGUGAGUGCACUGACGCUUGGGUCUUAACACGGUGCCUAUAUUUCCCAAUUGCACUAUGAUCCACUUGCCCAAGAGCACAAGGCCAAAAGGCUGCACUCUUCCUUGGCUCAAAGCAUCUGAUCAGUAACUUGUAUGGCGGUUCUGAGUGGUGUGUGUUUGCACACUCCUUUCCAGAUGUGAUCAGGACAUGUAUAUUCUUCAAAGGGGGUACCCAGAGUGCUACAUAUGGAAAAAAUAGAUGAAUGAGGUGGAAAGAAUUGUAUGUGGCAAAGAAAGGAGGGAAAGGGAAAUACAUUGCAGGAAGUCUGCAUGCUACAUUUGGUCCUGUUAAGAGGAAAUUGCAUUUCUAACUGGGGCUGGUUGACAACAGACUGCUGCUUAGACUUUCUUGAUUCGGUUUGGGUGAAAUCAAUACCAUAAUGUAAUGGGUAUGCCAUUACACACCAAAUAUGUCUGCUUUGUAAGAGGAACCUCAGUGAUCGUAUAAGCCUAGGUUCCCCUAGCUUGAUAAGGGUUAAAGGUUAGGUCAGAAAACCUCAGGUCAUUUUCUUUCAAUUUGCCAUAACAGCAUGACUCCCAUUAUGGCAGUGCUCUAAUGAACUCCAUGCAAUCAAUACAAAUAGGUAAAUGUAGGGCUUUUCCUCCUUGCAAAAUCACUUGAGGAUUGGUAAUAGUGUAGCUGGGUCAUUAAUGCAAUCCUUUUCCUCGAUAACAAUUCCCAUGUGAACAUUUUGUAGGACUAGAAGAUGGACAUUUGGCAUCCUGACAUUUUGUACUGGUUUUGCUUUGGGAUGACUAUACUUAGAAUGGUGUGGCUACUGUGCUUUCCCUUGUCAAAAGUCUACAGUUCAGCUUUCCAAAACAUUUUCCUUUGCAAAGGAACCAUUUCUGAGUGUGAAGAUACUUAGAAAUCUCAGGUAGAGGUUUCUGAGGGAUCGUGAUGUUUCAGUGCCCACUGUUGCUCCUUACCUCCUUUUGACUAGCCAAAACAGAACAAAUUAUGCAAAAUACAUAACUGAUCUCAUUGUCCUUGCUUUCUGUUAACGCUGCCUAUCUAUAUGCUAAGAUGCAAAUUGACUUUGCAGUGCAGGAACAGAAUGUGAGACUGCUCCACAUGUAUUUAUUUUCUUAAAAAAAUGUAUGUGUUCCAGGACUGUUCCAUAUCAAUAAUAAAAUCUUAUUUCUUUCUC